AUGAAUCUGGGUCCUCAAGCUGAUUGGUCUUGCCCGAUGCCUCCUGGAGAAAAGGUGACGUGGGAACGCUCAGACCGGCCACAAAUUGACACGCCAAACACUCACGACUGUCAGUCUGAAUUGGCCCAUAUCCAGCGAUUCAGACCGAAUAUUGUCGAGAAGCUAUUUGUUCUAAUUGACUUGGCCACAACCCUGCAAAUUUACAACGGACGUGCAAUCUCGACCGACCACAUUUAUAACUUGGUCAAAGAAUUCAGGAAUAUCAAACCACGAAUUCAUCAACGCUAG